AUGCGAUCGGCUCCAGAAGAUGUACAAUCAAAAGUUGCUUUUGUUACAGUUGGCGCGACUGCGACUUUCAAAGAGCUCAUUGAAGAAGUGUUCGCAUUACAUACUCUACAGGCACUAGCUAAGGAAGGGUAUACGAAACUCAGAGUACAAGCUGGGCUGGAUGCCGACUAUUGGAAAAAAAAUAUACCGACAGAGAAAGGACCCGGACUUGAGAUCGAAGUAUUCGAUUUCGACCGUAAUGGGCUAGGGCAUGAGAUGCGUCAAUGUAAGCAAGGGGGAUUUUAUGGCACAGGAGAGAGUCUAGAAGGUGUAGUAAUAUCACACGCAGGCUCAGGAACAAUCCUUGAUGCACUUCGAAUUGGUGUACCACUCAUUGUCGUGCCCAACACUUCACUACUCGAUAAUCACCAAGCUGAGUUGGCAGAUGAACUGGAGAGACAAGGCUAUGUCACCAAGGCAUUGGGACCUCGGGAUUUGAAAGAGGCCAUUUACAAAGUUGAGAGGAAGAAAGAUGGCCGUUUAGCCGAAAAGGAAAACUGGCAAGAACGUAAAAACUGGAGAGGACAUGGAAACCCCAGUGUGGCACCAGUUCUUGAUGAAGCUGCCAAUUACGAGGAGGAAAUUAGGAGUUCGCUGGAUUAG